CGUAAAACGACGAUAGAUAUUAAAAGUUGAAGUUGAUUUAUUUGUGGCUAAGUUUUGUUGUGGUGAUCAAAAAGUGCUUUGUUGGUGGUUAGUGGAAUAAAUAAAAAUGAUUUGCUACAAAAUAGCAACUAGAUUAACCAGGAAGAUAGUAUUGUUAAAUACGCGAUCGUUCAGCGGAUUAUCUGUAAAUGAUACUAAAUACGAAAAACCAUUAAUGAAUGUUUCGCCAUCACCACGAACUCAUAUAAUAUUACCUCACGUAAGCAGCAAACGGCAUUUAUCACUGGAAGGGUUCAUGAAAUGGCAAGAACAGACCUACACUUGUAUAGCAAACAGUAAUCUCGUUCAUGUAUUGCAAGACGGUCUGGUUUAUUUCCAUGAUACUACAGGGUUGUCAUGGUGGGCAACCAUCGUCACAUCUACCAUACUUGUACGAGCUCUCAUGACACUACCUCUAACAGUAUAUCAGAAUUACAUCUUAGCUAAAGUAGAGAACAUAGGAUUAGAGCUAAAAGAGUUGGUUAAUGAACUAAAGAAGGAAACUGCAAUUGCUAAAACUGCAUACGAACUAUCAGACAAGCAAACAGUAGCAUUAUACAAGAGAUCACUCAAGAAGCAGUGGAGAAAUCUCAUUGAGAGAGAUAACUGUCACCCCUUUAAAGCUAGCUUAGUAAUUUGGGUACAAAUACCCAUAUGGUGUACCUUCUUGUAUGUGCCUCUACUGGAUGACAUCAUGCAGUUUUGGUCUCCUACAGAACAUCACACUCUUGUCUCCAUCUUUAAGAAGAAAGCUGAGGAUUCCAGAAGCUCCAAGUGAACUUGAAGAACCCUAUGAACAUAUUAAAGGGGAAAUUAGUAAUAAAUUUUGCAAAAUUAUAGCAAGGAAAACUUACUAAACUUGUUUAUUUGCCUAAGUAUUUUGGACUGUCAAAUUUUCUAUUUUAU